AUGUCCGAAGGAAGGCGCAGCAACGAAUCAAGCUCAAGCUCCUUGAUCAGUUAUCACAGUGUCGAGAGACCGAAUGCAGACUCCGACGCUGAAAAAAGACAUGAUCUCACCCCCGACAGCGACUCAUCACCAAGCGGUCCUCGUACUCAUCGAGUUCACUUCGGGGCGGAUCGCAGGUUUGAAUAUGGGGACUGGGAUACAGAUGAACGAGUUCUCUCUCCCGGUACAUCUCGCCUUCGACGCCGUUCGUCUACUCAAGCGUCAGUAGACAUCACCGAUUCAUCCCACAGAGGUCCACCAUCUACUAGUACAAAUGGCAGGGACGAAGAAAAUGAGAAAAAGCAGCAACACACGACGACGACUGAGAAAAGAUCCAGACGUGAACGCCUGAAAGCAUUCAAAGAUUCGAUCAAAGAGAAAGCAGCGAACCUUGCUGCUCGUCUCGGUCGUCCAGAUGAUAUCAACGAAGACGACCUACAGCCCAUCGACCAUCGACGUCGCAACACUGAACCUGAUCUGUAUCUCAGAGAAGAAGAUCAAAACCAAACCUGUAGUACCGAGGCGCAUCGGAUCGUUCGUGAACUAGCACAUGAAGCAUCCGGCCGUCGUCCGAGUGCCCGUAGGGACUCGGCUUUGCAUCGUGCUGCUGGGGUUUCUGCCCAAGAUGAUGAUUCUGGAAAUGAAGCGAUACCUCGCCGAAGUUCUGGAUCGGGAGGCGUUCUAUCUCAACUGCUCAGACUUAGCGGGGGCUGGGACCAAUUCCAGAAAGGAGCGCGCGGGCUCCACCUAGCCAGUGACACGUUCUACCCUUUCGGUGGAAGCACCCCAGGCACCACGACUCCGCGAAAGGAGAAAGUACGAUGGUACAAGAAGCAUGGUAACGUUUCAGCAUCAACCUUAGUCGGAGGUGGCAGUGCUAGCGGUGCAAGCACCCCUGUUACCGGUGAACUUUUAAGCGCUGCAUCCAGACGACGUGACAAGAGCCGAAGGCAUAGCAUGAGACUCGAGGAGGAGAUUCAGGUUACCUUACAGAUUGCCGAGAUCAUUGCUCGACAG